CAGACAGGGCCACACCUCACAGCUCUGGGGAAAGCCACAGACCUCAGCUGUACAAGCUGAGCCUGGACUAGAGGAACUUUCCGCUGGACAGGACAAACAGCCCCACAGACACGACUGUCUGCGAGCCGAGCCCCGGCGGCGGCAGGUACGCGGUGCGCUCCCGCGCCCGGGCCCGGGCGGUGCAGCGGCGGCGGGAGGGUCUCGGGCGGCCCCAGUCGGUGCCAGCGUGCGCGCGCCAGCAGCCCGGGCGAGCCGCGACGCCUGCCCACCCCUCGCGGCGGCCCCGGACGCCCUCGGGCAGGUCCUCCCGCCGCCCGCCACGGCCUUGAACAUGGCUGCGCGCCGCGCCGCCACCCUCGCCUGGCCGCUGCUGCUCCUGUCCUGGGCUCUGCUGCGCGGCGGCUGCCGGGCGCGCUUUGCCGCCGAGCCGGACACGGAGGGCGCCGAGGCGGAGGCGCUGCUUUUCCCCGAGUCGCCCCUGCAGAGACCCACGGUGCUCGUGGCGGUGCUCGCCCGCAACGCCGCGCACUCGCUGCCCCACUUCCUCGGCUGCCUGGAGCGGCUGGACUACCCCAAGCCCAGGAUGGCCAUCUGGGCAGCCACCGAUCACAAUGUGGAUAAUACAACAGCAAUACUCAGGGAGUGGUUGAAAAAUGUACAGAAAGCCUAUCACUAUGUGGAGUGGAGGCCUUUGGAUGAACCAGAGUCUUAUCCUGAUGAAAUUGGACCAAAGCACUGGCCAAGCUCCCGGUUUGCCCACGUGAUGAAGCUCCGACAGGCAGCCCUCCGAACGGCGAGGGAAAAAUGGUCAGACUACAUUCUGUUCAUAGAUGUUGACAACUUCCUGACUAAUCCACAGACCCUCAGUCUAAUGAUUGCAGAAAACAAAACCAUUGUGGCCCCCAUGCUGGAGUCCCGGGGCCUGUACUCUAAUUUCUGGUGCGGAAUCACACCUCAGGGCUUCUAUAAGCGGACUCCGGACUACCUUCAGAUCAGAGAAUGGAAGAAGACAGGCUGCUUCCCCGUCCCCAUGGUGCACUCCACGUUCCUCAUCAACCUCAGGAAGGCCGCCUCUGACAAGCUGGUGUUCCAUCCCCCGCACCAGGACUACGCCUGGACCUUUGAUGACAUCAUGGUGUUCGCUUUCUCCAGCAGGCAAGCAGGUGUCCAGAUGUACCUCUGCAACAGAGAGCACUAUGGCUACCUGCCCAUCCCCCUGAAGCCCCAUCAGACCCUGCAGGAGGACAUCGAGAACCUCAUCCAUGUGCAGAUAGAAGCGAUGAUUGACCAUCCUCCAAUGGAACCUUCCCAGUUUGUCUCAGUUGUGCCUAAGUAUCCAGACAAGAUGGGAUUUGAUGAGAUUUUCAUGAUAAACCUCAAGCGCAGAAAGGACAGGAGGGACCGGAUGUUACGCACUCUGUACGAGCAAGAGAUUGAGGUCAAGAUUGUUGAGGCUGUGGAUGGAAAGGCACUCAAUACAAGCCAGCUGAAGGCCCUGAAUAUUGAAAUGUUGCCUGGAUAUCGAGAUCCCUACUCCUCCAGGCCUCUGACCAGGGGUGAAAUCGGCUGCUUUCUUAGCCACUACUCUGUAUGGAAAGAGGUAAUUGACCAAGAGCUGGAGAAGACCCUUGUCAUUGAGGAUGAUGUGCGUUUUGAACAUCAGUUUAAGAAGAAGCUGAUGAAGCUGAUGGAUGACAUUGACCGGGCUCAGCUGGAUUGGGAACUGAUUUAUAUUGGUAGGAAGAGGAUGCAAGUAAAGGAGCCAGAGAAAGCAGUGCCCAGCGUGGUGAAUCUGGUAGAAGCUGACUAUUCCUACUGGACGCUGGGCUACGUCAUCUCCCUAGAAGGAGCGCAGAAGCUGGUGGGAGCGGAUCCUUUUGGGAAGAUGCUGCCAGUGGACGAGUUUCUGCCAAUCAUGUACAACAAACAUCCUGUAGCUGCGUACAAGGAGUAUUACGAAUCCAGGGACUUGAAAGCCUUCUCCGCAGAACCUUUGCUCAUCUAUCCCACACACUACACAGGCCAGCCGGGCUACCUGAGUGACACCGAGACCUCGACCAUCUGGGACAAUGAGACAGUGUCCACUGACUGGGACAGGACACAUUCCUGGAAGUCCCGGAAGCAAGGCCAUAUCCACCGCAAUGCCAAGAACACAGAGGCCCUGCCGCCGCCAACCUCCUUGGAUACUCUGCCUUCACGGGAUGAGCUAUGAAGGCCCCAGGGGGAGCCUACCACUCCUUGGCUUUUCUGACAGGCUGUUCAUCUUUUCCUCCAGUUCCUUUUAGUGGUCACAGUCGCUAGCCCAAGUGGUCUAAUGUGAUGGAUCAAAAUUAAUAUAUUCUUGAUGGGGAGGAAAAUAGGCAAACUAAACCUGAAUUUCCUAGCGUGGCUAGAAGAUGGGAUUUAUGGCAACUAUCAAGGUAAACUUCAAUCCAGACCCAGUUCUUCAGUCCACUACCCAGCUGGUAUGGCUUCCCAAGGUAAAGCUGAACAAUAUGGCUCAGCGAGGUAUCCAGGGGAAAGGCGGUUGCCCCAAUAAAUGGGUGGACAAGGCAGCCAAGCCAAAUGGACUGUAUCUAUUGGCCUUGUAGGCCCAUUUUAUGUCACAGAUGUGACCUGGAAACUUGUGUAGUUAUAGUUUGAAAAAACCAAAUCAUUUAAAAUCAAAUUAAUUGGGGUGUUUGGUUGAAAGGAUUUUGUCAUGAGCCAUAUAGCAAGGUUGAGGUUUUCAUCUCAGUCCUCAUCCACUCAGGAUGGGUGUUUUCCUUUUUUUUUCGGGAUAGGUAUUUGAGUUCGUCUGAGACUUGGCUUCUGACCAUCGCGGCAACGGGGACUCGCAUAAAGAGUAGUCAGUUGGCCACGUGGGUGUGGUACAGGGGGUACCUGAGGGUUUGUGUAGCUCUUUGAGGAGAAAGGAACUCACGUUUUGGCCCCUUUUAUUCUGGUCACUUGAGAGAGGGUGCUGUAUUUAUGAAGAUGAAUGUAAUAUAUAAGGGAUUAGGGUUGGUGUUUAUGUCCUGGGGUGCAUUUCUGCUGCGGCAUGAGAUGCUCCCCCGCACCCCCGAGCUUAGGAAUGAACUGCAGGCGUGAGCUGCGAGUCGCUGUGGAGAGGCAGAGCACAUUUUCAGGCCAGCAACCAUCCUUGUCUGGGUUUUUCAUUCUAUUUUGAAUUAUUUAUUUUAGCAAUAGUAAGGAAAACAUCUGUGGAGUGAGGCAGAGAAAUGUUUCUCAGGCUCUCACUGCCCCUUGAGGAGUGGACAGCAUGGGCACAUGAGCUCAGUGACCUGGGUCGCCUGCAUUUCCCAGCCUGACUCUCACAGGGAGACCUGUUGAGCGGGCGAUUUGAACCGCCUGGAAACGAACGAUUCUCCAUUUCAGGUGAGAGGCUUUGGUCAGAAACAGCGGGCUGAUCGACUGACUGAGGCUGACACGCAGGGCAGCUCUCAGAGUCAGGAUGCUGGGCAGACAACCUCUCCGCUUUCUUUAUGGAUUGAUUUUCUAUGAAAUGCAGAGUUGGGCUACAUCAUCUCUUCCCACUGCACAAUUGGGAUCCUGAGACAUCUCGUGAUGGCUUGCCUCAGGUUCACGUUCUCAUGUCCACAAGCAGUAAAACAUCGCCUCCAGAAAUAUCUCCCCUGCCACCACCAUACACACACAUGCCUUCGGGAGCUUCAUGUUUUGGAGCAGCACCCACAGGUGGGGUCGCUGCUGGUACCAAGCUUAGUGCACCCCCAGGAGGGCUCCAAGCCACAGCACAGCAGGGCUGUUGCCUUCCUCAGAACACCGGCGUCAGCCUUCCUUCUUGACUUACUGUUGAUGGUCUUCUAUACCGCCUAGUAAGCAAGGAGACUGGGGAAAGGGUCUCAGCCAACUUCAGAUUUUACUUCUUGCACAUACCUGUCAGAGCGUGACUCUUUUUCUAGAAAAACAGAAAGCAUCAGGGGAGCUAAUGAAAAUCCCUUAGGUGAUACCUAAGUUUGUUUGGGUCUUUUGUAUUUUGUUUGCAUAUAUGAAUGUGUGCAAGUGUGCAUGGCUUUCACUUUUUUUUAACAGGGUGGGAGGUGGCUGAAGGUGUUGGGAAUAUAGGAAGAUUGAGUCGAUUUUUGUGUGGUUUUGUUGAGUAGAGAACAUUUUUUGCCUUUUUCCCUAUCAGCUGGUCUGACGGGUUUAUGAAUUCUCAUUCUUUAAAGACAUUGGUCUUAAAUUCUAGAAUUUUUUAUUAGGACUAUUCUACUGUGAAUCAAGUUCUAAGCGUGGCCUUUGCUUCUCCCUCCUGAGGUCCAGAAUCCCAAGCUGUGUUCUAUUGUGAGCAUGGUGAACUACAGACCCGCAUUUCUUUGCAAGUCAUGUCUUCAGCCAUGCAGGGGUUCCCCGACCUCAUUUUCCUUCCUGCCUCCCCUCUGGUCCGAAGUCAGGACAUGGGACCUUCGCAGUGUCAGAGGCCUUCACCUCGGGCUAUGGCACCUGCUCUCUGCCUCUGGAAGCUAAAUCCCAUCUGGAUCCCUCUCUGGAUCUUGGGCUCCAAGGUGGGGUCUUCUGGACAGAUGACCCCGACUUCAGCAGUGCUGGUGCUGCUGAGGGUGGACUGAGCAUCUCUGUUUGCAGAGGGCAUGCUGCUUGCUUUGGGUUCACCGGGACCUACUGCAGGAACCUCAGAAAAUAAGGGCCAGCCUCCAGCAUUCUACACUGUCUGUCAUGCCGUGUUGUUUUAGGGAGGGGAAGUGGUAAACUACUUGCCUUCUAGAGCUCUUCGUGAAAAAUUAAAAAAAAAAACUAACUCAACUCUAUGAAUGUCAUUCAUUGUUUUGUGCAACAGUGGUCCAUGGCCAACACAGCUGUGACUUCCGGGUCUGCGCUGACCAAGGAUGCUGGAGGCCAGAGAGAACCAUGCCUGCUACGUGAUCUCUGUGGCAAACAGGAGAGGGUGGUCCCUGACCGUCCUGUCCAGGGGGCUGCUUCAGACUGCUGGCUGGAGGUGGGCAAGUUGAAAAGGAGUCUAGGCUACAGACAGAUGAGUCCCGGGUGAGAGGGGUGGGAGGGAGGGUGCCUCUUGAAUAUUUGUGUGAUACGGUCAGUCUAUCCAGUCAUCAGAAGAUACUGAGAUGCUUGUCUGAGGUAAGGAGGGGAAGAAAGAGGGGAGAGUCCAUGUUGACCUCAGUGACCCCUUGAAUAUCAUAUCAGGCUUCCCCAGAACCUCAAAAGCCAGGUGUGAACACUGCCUUGUUUCGGGCCCUGUGCUGGGCACCAAGAUGCUCCCAAGGCUACGAGAGGCCCCCUGCUGCUGUGGGGUCUGGGUCCAGUGGAGCAGCCAUAAAAACAGGAAGGCUGCAGGGCCCCAGGAAACCUGGUUCUUCUGAGGAGGACUGUCAGGCAGCUUGCAGGGUAGGCAACAGUUAUGUUGGUUUUAAGGAUGUGAAUGGGAGUUUAGAAGAGGGAUGGGGGUGGUGGUGGUGAAUGGGAAGGCUUCCUAGGCCCCACGAAGGCCUGGGACUGUGGCUGGGUGGGCUGCAAGGGACAGGAGCUGUGAGGUGCCUGUUGGGUUCAAGCCAGGAAGCAACUCCCUCUUUGGGCUGUCUCAGCAUGAACGCAGAGGCCAUUGCCUCUGGGGGAAUUCGGGGUUGGGUAACCUUCCUGACAGACAAUGUAGAGGUUUCCAGGAAAAUGUCGGUGUCAAAAACAAGUUCCCAUUCAGCUACAAACUUGGCAAUCUUUUCACUUAGAAUUGGAAAAAGGCCCUCUAACUAAUAACUGUCAAAUAAUUUGGAGUCUUCCCAGGGGGCUUCUACAAUGUGCUUUUGAGAUGUUCUCUCCAAGUAAACAGAGUGGAGAGAAAUGAUCCAUGAGUGAUCCCAUGACUGGAUGGAGGUAACUGAAGACAAAGGGACAGUUAAGGUGAGGCUGGUCAUCUGAUGCGCAGAGAGCGUGUCAUGGGGGACACAGCCGGUAAACUAAGAGCAACAGCCUUGGAAAUAAUGAUUAUACCCUUAUCUAUUGUGAUUUGUGGUGAUGUGUAUUGUUUCAGAGAGGACCUUGCUCCGCAGGCCGUUCUGAUUAAACAUGGCAGAAGGAGGAGGGCCGGGAGGAGAGAGGGGUGGCUUCUCCCCGUGAGGGGGUCUCUCUGUGAGGAGGCUGGUGGCAGCCCCAAUUCAGUGCUGGACCACUAAGACAAGGACAAAAUGUCUGCCCAGUGGCGGCCAGUAAGUCCUUCUGUGCCUGCUUGGGAAAGAGAAAUGACGGCGGUGGGUUUAGCGCAUCGUAUCGCCAUAGAUGACAGAGGGGACUCGGCCCCCUCCAUUUGCAUAUGCAGAACAAGAGGAUGUGGCUUGGAUUAGAGUUUAGGUAGCUUCCAGGAAGAAGUUACUGGCAAUAAUGAACACGGAGUGGGAUUCCAGGGCAAGUGGUGGAAUUGGUGCAUUACGUUUUCUCAUGGGGCAGGAGAAUGCCUUGCUCCGGUUCUGUGAAUUCACCUAAAAUGGCCUCUUUUUGCUUCUAUGCAUGGUUGUAUUAAAAGUUGAGAUGAUCUUUGCUCCUGUCACUCGUAUGACAGCAGCUGGGCUGCUCGCAGCCCAAAGCCAUCCUCUCACCUGCCCUCAAAAUGGGUGGAACGAGUGGAGAAUCACCUCUGAGCAUUGGUUUCUCUUUAUUUUCAAUUUACUGUGUUUAUUUGUAUGCCCCUCCCUAUAGUUACUUCAGCCUGGGUGCCUCUGGAAUGGGUGUUUUAAUAAAAUCUUCACACCUAAGCAAUUCCGGGGCUUGCCGAGGGCCAGCUUCUCAGCCCCCACAUGUGCAAAGGGGGCUCCUCUGGGCAUUUCCUGUUCUGGGGGAGGGUGGACAGGCGCCCAGGCUCUUGCUCAUGGGGAGCUUGAUUUACAGAGUGUAGCGACAGCCCUCUCUCUCCAUUCUUCAGAGAAGCUGGAGAAUCAUCCACAAUGAAGGGCUCUCUCCCGACUUUCACUGCUUUGGAAACUGCCACAUGGGUUGUGAAGACUUGAAGGGAGUGUUAAUGUUCAGACAGGGUGAAGGGAGGUAGCCACGGGCAGAGCGGGGUGUGAGGGGACCCACAAGGGCUGCAGCCUUCGGGAAUUUGAAGACAGAGGGAAGAGGUGGCCUCUGAGGCCUAGCACACAGGGCCCAGGAGAUAAGUGCAGGGACAGGGGGCUAAGAGACAAACACAGGGCUGUUAGUGGAUAAAGUUAGGCUACUGCACAGGCCAGAAAAGAAGGGAGGGAACCAGCAGAGAAAAUAGAAGUAGGAGGGAGGCGUAGACUAGAGGUAGGAGGGAGGCGUAGAAUGGAAGUGGCAGUGCUUAGUCCUGAAAGGGCCUGUUUUAUCCUUGCAAACCUGCCACGAUGGGAGGGACCAAGGCGCUGCUGGCUGAACAGCCUGCAAGGGAACUGGCCCAGUGCCCCAGGGCCUGUGGACCAGUAGCAGCUUCAGUGGGUCAGGCAUCUGAAUCAUCCUCACUGGGGCAGAAAGCCCCUUCCUGCUGGAAAAGUUACAGAGUCCAGGUGGCCACGGGAGGGAGGACCCAGGUGGGGAGCAUGGCUUCUAGGAGGGUGUCCGUCCCUUCUAGGAGGGCAUCCAGGAAGGUGGGGCCCUCUGGGAAUCUCCACAGCCCUACGAGGUUCGGGCUCCAGAGGACACACUCCAGGGUCAGGGCAGCUUCCCACCAGCUUGUGGCCUGCAGCCCUGCUGGAGGCGACUGGUCAGGGCCCCGCUGGCCCACUCCUCUCUCGGGGAGCCUCCGCGGCCUGCAGCUGCAGAACAAGCUACAGGGCCUGGCUGCCCUCCAGCACUCUGAGUCAGUCUUUCUCCAAAGCAACAGCAGGCUAGACUUUCCCAGGGUGAUGAGGGUCUCACAUCUGCACCCUGCGACCACUCAGCCGGGGAAGGAGGUGGAGGGCGUCUGCGAAGAUACGUGUCCCCUUGGGGCGGCAGCUUCCCCGCAGUAACAGCAGCCAGCCCUUCAAGUGUGAGGCAAGGUGAGAAGUGUGUUCUCUCCUGGGCUGCGCACUUUAAUGCUUCGUGAGCCUCAAGGGGCAGGAACUAUUAUCAAUCCCUACUUUUCAGAUGAAGCAAGAGCUUAGUGAAGUGAGCAGCCUAAGGUGGUGAUGGCCUGGGAGUCGGACCUAGGCAGUCAGAUCCCACCCACACUGAAUCACACCCAUCCAAAGCUUCUGGGGGACAGUGUCUCAUUUCUGUUUUCUCACUAAUAUCUAAAGUUUCCAUCCCUCUCUCUCAUACACACACUCACAGUCUAAUAUAUAAAGGAGCUUGCAGCCCUAACCCCUGUUGACUUCCCCCCUGUGAAAUCUCAUAUAUUGAUUGUUCGGUUGAUCAGACCGAUUUUCUGAUGACAUUUUGCUGGAGGCUUGGAUGUCAGGUAUUUUAUAAAUGAGGAUCAGAAAUAGAUGUCUGCGGUUAAGUUACCAGUCUCAUUUAGAAUGCUUCUCCCAUUUUGAAAUUGGUGCUUUUUCUUUUUUUAAUGGCUGGAGCAAUCCAGAAACUGUUUAAAUCAUUCAGUCUUUUUUUAAAAAAAAAACUUGACUUACUGGUACCCUUUGUCUAAGAAACUAGAACUGCAGCACACAAUAUUGCCUUGGGAUUAAACAGUCAUGGAAACAAAAAUUUCUUCCCAGAAACGUACGAUAAAGCAUGUGGAUACUGAUAACUGGUUUACCGUGAUGCUAAGCUGGGAGGGCCCUAGCCCUCCUGGGUGGCACUCUAGCACCCCCACGCCCACUCCUCCUUGGAAUCCUCAUGCAUCGGGUGCUCUGCCCAGGAGACUUUUCCCCUGCACGCCCCUCCCAGCCCGCUGGGCUUGCCGGGUGCACGGAUCGGAAGUGGAUUCCGUCCUAGCUGGGGGGCUGACUCAGUGCAACCCUGACCCUCGGGGCCCAGCUUCCUUGGCUGCGAGCUGGAACAGUGCUCAGGAUAAAAGGCAGCAGUGCUCCCACCAGAAGCAGGACAUUCCCUGGAGACUUUAAGAACCAACCAGAUGUCCUCCUACCCAAGACAGCCUGUGUGAAUUCACAUGGUUAGAAGGCUGGGGAUGAGCCGACAGAGCCCAGGCAUUCUCUCCAGUCCAUGCGGCUGGAGAGGAGCAUCGAUGAGGAAAGCCUCCUGGCCUGAGUGCCCAGCCCUGUGCGACACACACAGAGUGGGGUUCCGUCACUCACAGCUCUGCCCCUAACCCUGGGCAGCUGACUCAGGGGCUCUGAGCUUCAGUCCCUGGAUCUGUAAUAUGAGGGGGUUGACCACAUGAUUGGUAAGAUGCCUUCCAGCUCUUAAGAAAAUGUUAAAUACACUGGAUUCCUCAAACUGUUAAAUAAGUGAAUUGCUUCCACAGUUCUCUGGGUACAUAUGUCAAGAAACCACACCAAAUAGUGUUUUUUAAAUUCUGAGUCUAAAACCAUUAAAUUUGCCUGGCUUCUAUUUCAUCUUGUGGUUUAUGUGUAAACACUUUAAAUUUCCUGGAUUUUUUUUUUUUUGACUUGACAUGCAGCUACCUACAUCUGUCACGCAGCUCCUAGUUUAGUCAAAGUAGGGACCACAUUAGAAGCAUGUGAAUUGGUGGUGAGUGCAUGCUAAAAAUUAAAUUCUACAAGACCAAUUCUGGACAAAAUUAAAUUAUUCUUUCUGGUAUUCGCCACUCCUUUGAGAUCCUCUCUUUCCUCAACCCCUCCUUUGCUCUGCGUGGCCCCCUUAUCAAGGCCCCACCUCCCACACACUUUUUCUGGUGACUGGGAUGAUAAACCAACCUGUGCACCCCCGCGAGAAGGCGGCACUCACCAUCUGUGGCAGAGACGCUGAUGCUCGCGCACCACCCCAGGUGUCCCCCCCAUUGCCCCAGCUCCCCUGCACUGAGGCUGGGGCCAUGGACUGUGAGUGGAAGUGACACUGUCGCUCUGGUCUGAGGCACUUAGGAACAGUUACGAGUUCUCUCCACCCUUAUUGUGACUUGAAGGAAAACCCAGAGACGGCAGAGUUGCAAGAUGGAAGCUGCCUGAAUCCUUGGGUCUUACAAUAGAGGGAAGUAAGAAGGGCUGCCUGAUGUGCCUACGACAUGAUGAAAAAUAAAACUCUCUGUCUUAAGGUACUGACAUUUCAUAGUUUGUUGCUU